AUGUCCGCGAGUCCCCGGAAGUCGAUUGACAGCUUAGCAUCAGGCGCAUCGACUCCUUCCUUGUCCCAGUACUCGUUCAACCAAAUUGAAUCCCCCCGCGGCUCGUCCCAGCGAUACCCCCUGAGGAGAGGGUCCACGGCCAGUUCGAUUGUGAGCAUUGGCGGAGUGCUUGAUCCUUCUAGUCGACAUGGAGCGAUAGCAGAAUCAGGCCAGAAUGCCAUUUCCACGCUUCUUCAACCUCCUAUCGUCCGCACCGGCCUUGUCCCUCAUUCUUCAGCUGCAUCUGGCGGAUACAAACCUCCGAGCACUCGCGAUAUCCCUCCUGUUCCACUGACGAACAUCCCACACAUCGAUCGAAAAGCAUUUGAACCAUACCUGACCCAAGUGGGCUCGUUGUACGAGGUCUUUCAGGAAGCAAAGGAGAACAAUGAGCAGGAUGCACAGCUAGCGCGGGGAGGUCAGACGUCACCAAGGUCUGACGGACAGGACUCUCUGAGCCCGAGGAAUCUUGAACGCCGGCUAUCUGGAGUAUCGACCAGUUCUCGUUCAACUUCUCCGUACGCCGCAGGCAAAAGGAAGUCGUCGAACCGUGGUCGUACGCCUGCUGUCACGCCUUUAUCGACUAUUCCUUCCGUUUACUUUGAGGAUGAUUUCCGUCUUGAAAAUCCGCGCACCUUCGAUGUAGUGUCAGAGAGAUCAGAGGUUGUCACACCUCCUAAGGCGCCGAGCAAAGACAACAAAAUGGAUAUAGUUGAGCCUGCGCCAACUGGGAGAAAGGCGCUAGCGACGAAUGCAAUACUACAGGAGAAAUUGUCAUGGUACAUGGAUACUGUAGAGAUACACCUAAUAUCCUCAAUCUCGACCGCGUCCAAAUCCUUCUUCACGGCCCUUGGUUCGCUACGGGAAUUGCAUGCUGAGGCUGCUGAUUCUGUCCGGCGAAUCCAAGUCCUGCGGAAAGACCUUCAAAAGAUCGACCGAGAAAUGGCAUUGGGAGGAUUGAAGAUAGUUAACCUACGUCGCCGAAGGGAGAAUGUCCGCAUGCUUGCUGAUGCAGUUGCCCAGCUUCGAGACGUGGUCGAGUCCGUCACCCGAUGUGAGGAGCUGGCCGAAGACGGAAAUAUCGAAGAAGCAGCCGAUGGCCUCGAAAAGGUCGAGAAACUGAUGGCCGGAGACUAUACUCCUGAUCAGGCAGAGGGCGAACAACGGAGAACUCUUGAUUUACGAAGACUCAAAGCAUUAGAGGGUGCAUCAAACGAGCUUGACCGUCUGAGAUAUCAGAUUGGCACGGGCUAUGAGAAUCGUUUCUUGAACGAACUCCUCGGCGAUCUGAGGCGUCAUGUUGAUAGUGCUCCAUUGACUGCAACUGUACAGAGAUGGGGCUAUUCGUUUUCACGGCAACGUGGGGGUCACCGCUCUAGUAUUAACGAGCCGCCAGCAUACAUGUGUGUUGGCGAAGAUUUUCGAUAUCAGCUACGCCUGCAUCUCACUGGCCUAGCUCGCGUGCAUCAUACCACAACGGCUGCGACGGCAUUCAAAACAGCUAUCCUGCGUGAAAUGAAGAGUUUGAUUCGCAGACAUAUGCCGAGCAGCAAUGACGACGAUAACGAGUCCAUGGUGUCGGUUUCUACUCACAGAUCUCAUCAGCUUAGCUCGCAGGAGAAGUCGUCCAUUCUUGCCCGUAACCUCCGGGCUAUGGAUGCCGAAGAUGCAUACAACAUGCUUGCGCAAGUGUACACUGGUGUUAGCGAAUCUUUACGACGGCUAAGUGUCCAAGUCAAAGUCCUCCUUGACAUAGCCAGUGGACUGGGAAGUCUUCAAAGUCCUAAGUCGCCUGUCGGAAAUGCCGGCCCGCGGGAUAUACCGCAUGCAGCUCAAGAUGAGAUCCUACAAGUCUUGGACAUGUCCAGUCUGCUCGGUCAGGCGGUCGACAUCGCGCAGUCUCAGGCGACCAAAGUGCUGAAGGUCCGAUCCGAGCAGACGGCCAAUCUCUGCAAGGAAGAUUUUGUCAAGUACUUUAUCCUGAACCGCCUCUUUGCAGACGAAUGCGAGGCUAUUUCUGGUCGGGGUGGAACUGCCUUUAAGACCGUUGUUGGAAACCAGAUCCGCGACUUCAUCAACCGGUUCGGUAACGAGCAACGGCAUCGGAUCGUACAGGUAAUGGACGCUGAUCGGUGGGACGCAAAAGACUUUGGAGAAUCCGAGUCAGAGGUUCUUGACCGUAUUUUAAGUGCGAGCACAAAAGACGUUGACACCUGGAUUGACGUCUCUAAGAUUUGGGUUGCCAAGGAGCAGAAGCCACCACAUUCUCCUGCAGUCAAUGGCUCCAAGGAGAAGGAGAAGACACGGUCUGCCGUGAUCGAUGAGCAAAAGUAUAUUCUCUCAGACUCAGCACUGGCGAUGAUGAGAAGCAUCGAAGAGUAUCAGUUCUUGAUGGCAAACAUACCCAACAUGAUACCAGACAUCUCGUCUGGUCUUCUAGAAUCACUAAAAUUAUUCAACUCGCGGUCAUCGCAGCUAAUCCUAGGUGCGGGGGCUACCAGGAGCGCUGGUCUCAAGAACAUCACAACGAAACAUCUUGCGUUGUCUUCGCAGGCAUUGAGUUUUAUCAUCGCGCUGGUCCCCUACAUUAGGGAAUUUGUCCGUCGACAUUCACCGCCUGCUUCCUUGAUGGCUGAUUUCGACAAGGUGAAGCGGUUGUACCAGGAACAUCAGUCCGGCAUCCAUGAAAAGCUUGUGGAUAUCAUGGGAUCUCGAUCGUCCAUACAUGUCAACGCGAUGCGGCAAAUCGACUGGGAUUCCAGCUCCCGGCCCGCGGGUGUUAGUCCGUACAUGGAGACCCUUACGAAGGAGACGGGCACGUUACACCGAGUACUGAGCAAACAUCUGCCGGAAAUGACAGUCAUAAUGAUCAUGGACCCGGUCUUCAAGAGUUAUCGAGACCAGUGGACCCGGGCGUUUGACGAGGCUCAAAUCAAGACGGAAGUUGGAAAGCAGAGGCUGCACCGCGACGCGGAGUACUUUCAAGCCAAACUUAGCAAGAUAGACGGGUUCGGAGAUUUGGGCGAACGUUUGUUGGAACUGGUCGACAAGAAGACGACAGAAGCGCCAGCUCAAGAGUCCCCUGAAAGAUCCUCAAGGCAAGGCUCACCCCAGUCUCAAAAUGAGGCCAAGGGACAGGGCCAGCACUGA